CAUUCGUCGUGCUCUUGUUCGGCUAUUGUGGGUGAGUUUCCCGAUAUUUUACGUUUUUCGUAAUCUGAGUAAAUAAGUAUUUAAAAUAAUAGUUGUUGGUCUUAUCAGAAAAUAUUAAUUAAGACGUAGGAGUUUUAUUCAUGAUCUCGAGUGUUGAUCACAUUAUCAACUCUCCAAACUGACAAAUUUUUAUUUUCUUUCUCGUAGAUUUCAUGGCUGACGAGAACUAUUGGAAAGGAUGGAUAUUGCAACAAGUUAUUUAAUUCUUUUAGUAUGGCCACUGUCGAUGGUUCAUCGUCUGUAGAAAAACCAUCUAAUGUCUCAAAAGAAUCGAACAACGGAGGUCGCGAAACUUCAGCGGACAUCGACAAUAUCCAAGAUGGCGGACAUGUCUCUUCAGGACCCUCUUUGCUUCAGCAAAAUGCUUUAGGAAUCUUCGUUCCAGCGCCAUCACUUCCUCCAGUAGGUAAGUUAAAUAAUUUUCUUUUUAUUAAUGUUGCAGAAACUAAAGGAAUAUAACUAGUUUUAAAGCCUACAAUUUGUCGUUAAUAUGGGGAGCGAAUGGUGGCUUAGCUUGUACUGUAGUCUUUACCUUACGUCUACGUUCAUCCAGUGUUCAUCUACCUCAGUGGUGGUUAAUGGUGAUUUCAAUGCAGAAGCAGCUAAUUUUAUUAUGAUAUGUGAUUAUCAAUACCCAUAUCUAGGUUUCUAGCUAGGUUUGUAUAUCUUUUUGAUAACUAUGCAAGCUAUAAAAACAAAACAAACAACUUCGAAUUGGCUACAUUUGAAUAUACCUGAAAUGAGUGUCACUCUAAAUAAUUCAUUUGUUUCAUCUAAAAUGAAAACCUCUUACUUUCUAAGGGGAAACUCGGUGGGCCAUAUAUUUUGCGUGAAAUGGAUGUACAAGAGUUAAGAUGUGUCUUCACAGGGUAAAAUCUUUCACCAUUAUUUUCUUCAAUAGAAGCUUCACGAUCACGUUUUUAAUGGACUGAUUCACUUGUAGAUAAUUUAUAAUCGAUUACUCAGAUUAUUCAUAUUUGUUUAGCCAGUGAAUUAGAAGUGUGUCCUACUAGUCCUACUAAGCAGUGCUGGAUCUAGCACAGCUGUUUGGGGCACUAAACAGCUGUUUUCUGUAAUUAUACACCAAUCAGGGCUGUCUCUAAGAUUUCACGAUACUGGGUGAAUGCAGCAAGUAGGCGGAGAAUCAAGCAGCGAUGGAUUUCUCUUGGUUCUAUAAAUUUCUUCUAUUUUCCUAAUAAUGAAAGGAGCCAGGGGUCACAUUCAUAGUAGCCUGCACUACAGACGGAACUAAACUUCUGGUUAAGUCCGUCUGCAACACAGCACCGAAAUCCUGGGCCCCCACCUUUGUACCAGUUUUUGAGUACGCACCAUGACUGACCUGUAAAAAAAGCCAUUACAAGUCAAUUUGCCAAUCAGGUUGAAGGGAAAUUUGAAAUAUAUUUGCAGUAAUUUGUUGAGUCCAUUGGUGGCCCAGAACAAGGAUAUUGGGGCUGCUUCGCAGACUUCACUACGUGUUCAUAGAAGCUGGGAGAAAUCCCUGACCCCUGUUCCUUAAUGACUCACACCCAUGCCGAUAAUAGGCUGACUUAGCAACAGAACGGGAAUGUCAGGUUACGACAGGAAAGUACACGGAAAGGACUAAACUUGACUUCUGGUUAAUUUGCCACUCCGCCAUUGGUUAAGCUAGUUGUUUGAUUUGAGCAUGCCAUCAUCAACUGACAUUCCUGUUUUGUUGAUACCGGUAAAUCAGCCUAAUCACCAAAUGACAAUAUUUGGCAACAGGAUUAGAUAGCUAGACUUUUUGACAAUUUAUUUCUUGCCUGUGAUUAAGAAACUUCACCUGGAAUCAGCAUUAAAAAACAGCAAUUUUUCACUGUAAUAAUAGAACAAAUGAACAAACAAACAGAAAGACAACAACUCAUUUCUCAAUAUUAGAUUCCAUGUUGCUGUGCUUCUGUUCAGUAGUAGAUAACAGAUGACGUCAAAAUAUGGUAAGGAUGAAAAAGUGGCACUGACGUUCUUUCAUUAAAAAGCGAUGACUUCCUUACAGGUUUUCAAAACUUUUGUCACAGUGUCACUCUAAUGCAGUUUUGGUUUCUUCACAAUAACAACAACCUUGUUGUUAGUUCAAAUCAAAAUGAUUUUAAUUUAGUUUGAUUCUCACGGUUAUCUUUGUCUUCUAACCCUAAUCAUAAGUCAGAAACAAAAAAUUAAAUUACCCUUUUUUUGAAAACUUUUUUUCUGGGUAAUGACAAGGGCUAGGUGACAAAGAAAGAUGAGAAUCAAACCUUCACAUUGAGCUGAAAUAGCCAUGUGAUGCGGUGAUGUUAAAAAUGAUAAAUGAGGUGUGUGACACAAUUCAAUCACGGAAUCAUCUUCAGCAAAAUUACCAUAUCAGAAACCAAGUGAAAUUGUUCAGCCUGAUAAUAACGUACAAAGCAUAUUAUUUAAUUCACUUGUGUUUGAUGUAAUAAAAAUUCCAUACAUAUAAUCCUUUCCUUUUGAUAAUUUUAGUGUCCACUACUAAUGGUGUGGUCCAGAAAGAAUUUCCUGCACUUCAAAAUACCACCAAGCCGAUCCCUCCAAGUGUGUUCUCCUACAGGUUUGCAUCACCCACCAGCAAUCAGACUCCUUAUUAUGUCUCAUCAGAUAUAGUACUUAGGUAAGAUAGUGUUAAUGUUUUGUCUAUGUUAGUGCUGCAGGAUAUGACAUGCUGUAACCUAUAGACAAACUGUUUAUUUUGAAGUCAAGAGAUUACAUCCUGGCUUAUCUUUUAGCAGGCUGAGAAAAAAUACAUUGUACUUUGUGAAAUUAACAGUUGGUUUUGAUAAACUCCUUCCAACCAAUGAUACUUUUGACCCACCUUAUGUUAAAAAAAAUAAGUAAUGCUCUACUCUAACAUUGAAAGGCAGAAAGGUUUUUUUCAGUCCUCAUACAAAUCACAAAUUUCGUGCCUUUGAAUUAAGGAAAGUUGGUAAGUGUGUGCUAUUCUAUUAAUUUAUCAAAUCUGUGGUCUGGAUAGCAAUUUUUGCACAUUUUGAUUGGCUGCCUUUGUAAGAUAAGCACAACAGUCAAGAUGGCUAACAAGCUAAAAGCUCUAUAUUGCUCAGCCACAAAUGGAGCAGCUUGGUUGUACCAACAAAUACCAAGAAAGCACUCACUGGCAGGCGUUUUUAGGGAAGCUCGUAAUUCUCCCCUCCCCACAAGGGAAGGCUACGUGUACAAUGAAAUUGGCCUGUUUGUGUUUUCUUUAAGGGAGAACAUAUUUUUCUUUACUGAAUUUGUAACGAAUUAAAAUCAUGGAAAUGCACUCAAAAAAUUCCCAAACCACUGUCAAUUAAAUUGUAAACAAAGCUUUUACUAAGUGAUAACUUUUAUUUUCAAUUUUUGUAUAGUGGCGGCAUUGCACAGCAAACAAGAAGGAGGAUUGUACAUAAUGAAGGUUGGGUAAUUAAGACAACACAAUAACUUGUAUAAGUGCCAAGAACCUAUGGUAAUUUACCAAUCAAUUUAAAAAAUAUACGAGAAAAGACAAUACAGCCACAGAAAAAUUUAAAGUUAGUUCAGUAAUUAGAGAACAAAAAGAAUUCAUAUGGUUGUGUUUUUACACAGAUUUAAGCUGCCACGUAUACGUCCUAGAUAGCACACCAUAACAUGGGUGAUACCUCAUAAAAGCUGUCAAGAAUAUCAAGAACAUUUUCCUGGUCAAUUAUUUAUGGUUGUCCAAAAUUUGUAAAUUUUGAGUCAGCUUCUGAGUCUGUGGCUGAACUUCUAAAGCAUGACAUUAACCUAUGAUCCUUUAAAUCUACUGAGCAGUACUUUUCUGUGGAGUUGUUUAUAAAUGUGCUGUACCAGGUGGUUCUAACUUUCGAGUCUGUGGAUGAAAUCCUGAAGUGUGACCAUUCAAAUGAAAGCUACUGAGCAGUACUUUCCUGUGGUGCUGUUUAUUAUGGUGUGCAAGGUGGUUCUAAGUAUUAUUUUGCGUAAGGGAAAAAAGUUAACACUUCAUGAUGAUAAGUGUCAGUCCAAACAAAUAACAAAAAAAAUAUUCCAAUAAGAGGGAAUGUUCAACAGAAAAUAAUGAACAAAAUUGCCUUAUGCAUACUGUAAUUUAUCUUUUGUAGUGGAAAGAAGGAGAAAGGACAAAAUAAACAGCUGGAUAUUUAAGCUGGCCGAUGUUGUCCCACAGUGCAAAUGGGGAAAGCAGGUAUAGUUAACUAGCCUGUGGGGAACAGACGCAUUUUUCGGUCUUGUUUCACCCGCUGAUAAAAUUAUUUUUCGGAGGGAGAGAAGUGACGACUGGAAAUAUGUCUGCUCUUUGCAGGCUAGUAGAGUACUGCAUAUAGUCAACCCUCUCUAAGAUGGAAACAUUUGGCACUGACACUUAGUGUCCAACUAAGAGUGAUGUCUGUCUGAUAAAGAGACAGAUAAGGAAGUAAAGAAAGGCAGUGACCAACUCUAGGUGUCCAUUUUACGGAGGUGUGUGUGUGUUAUAGAGGUGUCCGUUGAGAGAGUGUUGACUGUAUAUCUGUAAUCUACAGCUAUCAGUCACUCACUGUGAAGUCCAGUUGGUAGUCUUGGUUACAGCUUAUACUAUGUAAUAAAGUGUCUUAUUUAUCUUUUCUUUCUUUUCUUUUUUGUUUAAAAAAUGAGCUGCUAAAGUAAGGGUCAGAAGGAUGGGGUGGGGAUUGUGAUCAACUGGUGAUGUCCAUGCCACCUAAAGAGAAAAGUUCUGCAGGAUUGUCCAAAUUCAAGAAAUUCACUAUAGUUUGUCUUAAGGUGCUUUAAAAGUUUUAGAACCUUCAUCACUGGGUUUGAUUUUUAGCAGUGGCAAAGAUGUUUGUGAAGUCAUGCUCCAGCUAGCCCUCUCUGAUUUUUAUUUGCCAUUGCAAAAGGUUGCUUAAUUAGACACGUCCACCUCUUUCUUCAGCAGCCACUUUGUGAUUUGUAGGAUCUGUGUUUCACAUAUGCAAACUCUCCUGAAUUAUCUGGGAGUCUUCUGAAUACGACACCAUUCUCCUGCCCUGCCUGUCGUACAAGUCACAAAUCUUCCUGAUAAAAGCAACUUUUGUGCUUUUCUGUUCUUUAGUUUGAAAUUUAGCUCACCAAAAUUUGAAUUUUUCUAUUCAUAGUAAGGUUUAUGGGCAUUUUUGCACAUAUUUUGUCACUGAAAAGAUUAUUUCAUCAUAAUAGAAUGAUGGAAGUGAAUUUUUACGCUAUGUAAUAGUUUAUUCAUGUAAGACUUGAUAUAAUGUCCUAACCCAUUCCCAUGUUAUUAUUUGGGGGCUGGGUCGAUAUGUUGGGUGGGGGGGUCAACUGACAUUCUGGGGUAGGGGGGUGCAGUACAAAAGAGAGAGUCUCCAGAUUUUAGAUCUCCAGAAGUUGCCAUCUCCACUGACUUUUGAAUUGUUUUUGUGUUCAGAGUAAAAACAUUGUUCUGGAAAAGACUGUAGAGUAUGUAACACAAGUAAAUGAGCAAUUGAAGGCAUUUGGGGAUUUGCAGCAAAGAGAACAAAAACUGGGUAAGAAAUUUACAGAAACACCUGUAUUAAUUUCUUUGUUCCUAUGAAUGGCUACAUCAAAACUCAAAGAGAACCACAAGUUCCAGCAGUACAGAACAGUACUACUCACAAGUUCACAUUCAGAUUCAAAAGAUAGGAUCACCUUGUAAAGCAAGGUAAACAGCACCACUUGAAAGUACUGCUCAGUAGCUUUCCUUUGAAUGGUCACAUCCUUCAAUGGUCACACUUUAGGAUUUCAUCCGCAGACUCAAUUUAGAACCGCCUUGUACAGCAUAAUAAACAGUAUCACGGCAAAGUACUGCUCAGUAGCUUUCAUUCGAAUGGUCACAAUUUAGGAUUUCAUCGAUAGUUAGAAACACCUUAUACACAUGUAGCAUAAGAAAGAAUACUACAGGAAAGUAAUGACAUCUAAGACUUGCAUCAUUUUACAGCCCAAGAGGUUCAGCAACUAAAGAAUCAACUUGGGAAUAUCACAAAGGAAAACAAGCUCUUGAAAGAUUUACUUAAAAAACACAGUAUAGCCAUUCCAAGAAAAAUCCUCACUGCGCAGGAUUCUUCUUCAUCUGCGUCUAAUAACUCUGGAAUAACAAACAACUCUUUGACUAUGGCCAGCCCUAAAAUUGUGGCAGUAUCAGCUCCAGUAUCCAUGACAGUGCCAAAAACUUUAUGUGCACCUGUCCAAGUACCAGUCAAUGCUCCUGUUGUCACUAUGGUAACACAGGUGCCAAUCACUUCUGCUUCUGUCACAAGUUCUACUAAUGAUAUGUCAAAGAAAGAUUCAAUUGCUUACGUUACUCCAUUUAUCAUUGGGACAAAUCCAAUCUCCAUGACAACAAGCACUGUGGCUACAGCUUCUCCAGUGGUUCAGGUUGCUACCCCACUUGUUGCACAGAAUGUAGCUAGCGACCCUGGACAACUGCAGCUUAACCAACCGAAACAAAAUUCAAACAGUUCUUCAAACUACUUAUCCAAUUCUCAUCAGAGUGUUAAUCCUCAGGCUACAAGUGAUUUAGCAAGCUCUUCAACCCCACAAGCUUUACAAACUGUUAACAUACCAAUCAGCUCAUCACAAGCUUUGCAACCUUCUCAUGCAGGAUUCUCUCAACACAGUGUUGCCGCAAUAAUGAAGGUUACACUGCAACCAGGUAUGUCAAACUCUGCGGUAAAUCUGGUGAAUGCUGUUCCACUGGCAAACCCUUCAAUCGGAAAUAACAGUACUGCUGUUUUAAAUGUCCAACCCACAGUGAUAAACACACCUAGUAUUGUUCAAAAUGCAAGCACCAUGUUGCCCUUACCACCUUCAGUUUUGCCGGCAUCAAGCAGCAUUUUAACUCAACAAGCAAACUCUGCUCAAGUUGCAGCUUCACAAAUUGGUAGCUUUCAAGUCACUAGUUCUCCCAUUCAAAAUGGCGUAUCUCUUUUGAAAGAAUCGCAAAGUGAAGGAGCGAUUGAACAACAGAAGACCUCAAAUGUAACCUCAAAAAACCUCGGAAGUGGUAAAACGAAAAAAAGUGCUACUGCGAACAGAGCAUCUUCAAAAACCAGCUCUAAAUCUCAAAACACAAGGAGCAACUCACAAAGCAGGGCUUCGUUUGAAGGAAACACUAACUCAGCUUCAAAUAAACGCAGAGUGGAACACUUAAUAGGUACAAAUGACCCUGGCUUGGUGAAGAGAUCUAACGCGCUCAGCUCCCAGGAGUCACAAGGAAAUAUGAACGUGUGUCAGUCACAAGAGGAGAUAAUUACGCUACAGAAUUUCAAUGUGAGUGCUUUAAUUUCUGGUAUUUCACCUCAGGGGGCAUCUGUUGCCAAUAUUGUUCCUACUGGAAAUAAUUGUGGUAAACAAACAUUGCCUGUUUCUACUGUGGCUUUGAGUCAGUCAGCGCAUGGGCCACGCCUGUCACAUAGUAUUGCAUCAUUAGCGGGACUACCUCAGAGUAUAGGACAGCAACAAACUUCAACAGACCUUCAUCAACAUCAACAAGUGUCAACAUCUGCUCCAGGGAAUCUUAGUUUUUCAGCCGAGUCUUUGCUUUCUUCAAGUGAAGUCAUCCUGCCUAACAUUCCACUCAUAACAACUACCUCAGUUUCCGAAAAUAGCUCAAAUCAGCCAAGUAGUUUCACAUUAGCCAUUGUUCCCUCAGCCCAGAAUACCAGAGGAGUACUACCUCCUAGUACAUCCAAUGAACAGUCAGUGCACAGUAUACCCAAUGAACAAUCUGUGCAUAAUACAGCUACUCAACAGAGCCAUACACAGAGCUUUUCAAACUAUUCCGCCGAGGCGCUUAUUGGAGGAAGUGAGCUCAUAGGGGAUAUUGCACAGGAAUCCCAAAUUCAAUCAAGGCCAUCGAGGACAACAUACUCUGAUUUUAGCGCAGAGUCUCUUAUUGGUUCCAGUGAUUUAAAUUCAAGUUUAUCGUACGCUAUUGACAAUUUAAUCUCAUCACGGUCUGACGCAAACUUCAACAGCACCGCAAUGGUGUCUGUGAAUCCAAAUUUACUCCACUCUGUUAAACCCAACAUGGCACACGAUGUAGGAUCCAACUCUAUACUCGCAACUGUUUCAGACCUAGCAGAACAGAAAUCUGCAGCUACCGGUACUCAGCCAACAGGAACUUUUAAUUCUAAUAUAUCAAACAGUGCAUAUGGAGUCUCUGUCACAAAUUCUGCGCCAGUACAGUUUACAAUUACAAGUAGCGGGGAUAGCAGACGAACAAGAGAAGGGUCUUCAAAUCAGCAAGGAAUAAUCCCAGCUGUGAACAGCAUUUCUGCUACAUCUACCAGCUUUUUAAAACACUCUGUUGAUAGUAUCACCUCAUCGUUUUAUGCAGCCAGUAAUGCAAGUUCUGGUUUCUCACUGGCACCCAUCACUACCACAGUCAAUUCUUUUCAGCCCCAAUCUUCGUUUGGCAUGGACACACUACCAGCUAGCCAGCUGUCUUUUGGCUCCAUGGCAAAUCCAUUUUCACAAACGAGACCUUUUUUCACUCACACUUCAUCAAUGGGAAGUUUUCCGGUAUGACCGCCAAGAUAGGCUUGGGUAGAUACUUCAUAUAUGAUUCCUAUGGUGUACCGAUAUAUAGAUUCCUAUAGUGCGGUUGUACCAACAUAUAGAUUCUUUAUCUUAUAGUGCAGUCUUUCUUCUAGUGUACCAAGGUUCUUCCAGUGGAACUCAAAUUAUUAAUAUUUUUGUAAAAAUUCAAAGCUAAAGUUCACAAAAUUUUAGAGUAUUUAAGAUCAUCCGAUUUCCAAACCUUCUAGGUAGUGAUUUCCUUCAUAUUCUCCACGUGAUGAUUCAUGAAUUAUUUAGGCAUAUUUAACAGAGGCAACGUAAAAUCAAGUGAGCAAGCAAAAACAUUACAAAGUGCUGAACACAAGUUCCGGUGUUCAAUUUCCCAUUCUGCCAUUAACCUCGUUCCCAGGGCUCUCUCCUACCUGUCCCUAUGGAGCGAGAGAGAGAGAGAGAGAGAGACCCUGGUUGGGUCUGGUCACCUGUCUCCAGAACAAAAUUUAUUCUGAGGGAGGAGUCCUUUUUCUUUUAAUUUUUUGUCUGAUCUAGAGAACCUGGGAACAAGGUUAUUCUUCCGUUCAUUCAGGGAUAUUUCGAUUAAAUCACGCCCUACAAGACUGGUCAUGUGCUAGAGGUUUAGUGUCUGAUGACGUCACCUGAAGAAGAACCCCAUUUAUAUUGGUAGAAAAGUGACCCCCAGGGGGUACUCAACAAAGUUUUCGACAGGGAGGCUCCGCCUUGUGUCUCAACCUCUUACCCUUUUAUAUACCACUUUUGAUAGAAACGGCACCCAUUUUGUAUACCUUCUUUUGACAUAUGGUACCGCUUUUAGAUACCAAGUCCCUUCUGCUGUACGUUAUAUAAAUUAACUCUGAAUAAAUCACAAAACCAGAUUUUUUAAAUGCAUCUGUUGGCCAUUUUGGGCCUUUUUAUUUACCAGAAUGACGAAUAUCCCUUCCCUUUUGUAUACUUCAUCAAGUGAAAAUCCUACCUUUCAUGAGGGAGAUACCCCUUUCGGGCGGAGCCUCCCCUCACAGACAAUGAUAGGGAGUAUACCCCUGAGAAUUGACCUCGAGUCUGUGAACUUCUGUAGUGGUAAACAGGCAGAGACAGGUAUAGCUCUAAGAAACGUCUGUUUUCGAUCGGGGGAGUGUCACGGUCUUUUGUUUCGUUAGCAAAGUAAACAACUCACUGUGAGAGCGUCGUGGUAACCCAAAAUGUGACUAUCCCUGAGGGGCGUGGCUUUUGUGGGAAUCUUGAAGCUAAUUAAAUAGAGGGCAGAAGUAUGACGCGCAUGACCAUGGUAACAAAAUGUGUGGAUCUCAACAGUCU